AUGUACGGCGGUUACGGUUAGUUUUUUCUCGAUUUUUCAUGGUUUAUUACUUUUUUGCAGGUCCUCCUUAUUCGGAUGGUCGACCUCCAGGGGGUUAUUCCGAUUCUGCUAGGAAUCCGCCUCAAGUAAAUUUUCAAACUUCUUUUCAAGUUACAGUUGUUCAAUUUUGUAGGAUAUGGGUCGUGGAGACUAUGAAAGUUUUAUGCGACUUAAUAUGCAUUAUCCACCGCAACAACCAAAAUGGAACGAAUCGUGGAAACAUGAACAACUUCAUUUCGAUCAUCGGUUUGAAAAAAUUGAUUGGGAAGAGGUUAUUUUGGAAAUUCAGGCCGAUGGAAAGGCCUCAGUUCGAUAUGAACAGAGCCCGAGAAGAUAGUUGGAUGUCGGAUCGACGUUUCAAUCAUUUUCCUGAAAGUGAUAGAAGGUUCGAUGAAUUGCUUUGAAAUAAUUUUUAACUUGAAUUUUAAGGAGAGACCACAGAUUUGAAAUGGAACAGCCAAGAUUGAGAUCUCGCUCUCCGCCAAGAUUUUCGAAUUUUGGAAUUGAAAGGGAGUGGGAAUCGGGCGAAGGCUCAAGAAGAGACGAAAGAAGACCUUUUGAAUAUGGAAUCGGUUAGAAACUAGCUUUGAUUUUAAAGGCGCAUAGACUUUUCAGUGUGAUUUUUGAUCAAAAAUUACUUCUGCGCUUUUGAAAAUUUACCAAGAAUCUCCCAAACCGAAUUUCUAUUCAUAUUGUUCUUUUAGAAAGAGCUCCAGAAGUGUUGGAUCAACCGUUUUUGGACAGAAUCGGCGCCAAAGUGUACGAAUAUUGAUUUUUCUUCGAUUUAUUAAAAUAUUUUGUUUUUUAGAAUGCCUGACGGACGUCUAAUGAACAAAGAAGGCUUCACUCUCCGUACCAGGGAUCCUCAUUGCGACGCGGUUUUCAAAUAUUACCCAGAAAACAUUUUAUAAAAAUAAUUUUUUUAGCCUUCACCCCCGCUUUUCAACCCAGGGAGAGAAAGAAGAGAACGGGAACGCGAAGAAAGAUUGGCCGCGGCUCAGAUGGAUCCUCAAAUUUUGCAGAAGGUUUGAAACUUUUUUUCUCUGUGUUUUAUCAAAAUUUUGUUUUUCCGCUUUUUAUGUGUACAGAACUCUUUUUCUUGAAAUUUAUACGAUUUCGAAAUUUUGUUGAUUUUCUUGCCCUCUUGGUUUUAUCACUGAACUUCUCGUUAUCAAUUCUGAGUUUUGCAUCAGUUUUUCCGAUAUUUAUCUUUAUUUUUUUAUCAGUUUUUCACAGAAAAAGUUUUUUAGAUUCUUCUUUUUUUCAGAAAUUCGUUAAACUUUAUUGUUAUUUUCUGUUUGGUUUUUUUUUUCUUGAUGUUCAGAAACUCUUUUUUUAAUUUGAAAAUGGGAAAUUUAGCUUUAAAGAACAGAUUUUCUAUUCUUGAGAGGUCUUUAAAAAAACAAAUAUUCCGACGAUUUUUUCAUCGCCGUCCUAAUGGCAUACCUUGUGUAGGAAACAUGGAAAAAAUCCUAAGUUUUGGGAAUUUUUUAACACCUCAAACUUUAUUGCACUUGUUUUUUGAAUCUUGUUGUCCGAUUUACUGAAUUUUAGCCCAUAAAAUUGAAAAAAAGACCUUUCAUUAGUUAAAAAUCUGUAGAAAAAGGAUCAAUUUCAACUGAAUCUACUGUCUUUACUGUCCUAAUGCUUCCAAAAGCCCGAAUCAGUUGAAUAUUUCGAAAAUUUCAUCAUUUACAGAACGCCGAGCUGCAAAUUGCCAUGAUGCAGAACAUGAACAAGCGUCAGGAAGAAGAGAAACGCGAUGAUUCGCGCCAGGAAAUGAUCCCACGGGCGCCGACGCCGCCGGGGACUUUGACGGCCGUCGACGGAGAAGAAGCCUCCGCCCAGGGCAGGCCCGCCCUCAACUUGGCCUCUGCCGUCGCGAUUGCUGAGGCUGUCGCUCAGGUUGGCUUCCUGUUCUUGAAGGAAUGAUUGAAUUGAUUUCCUGGGACUCGAAAUGCCUUGAAACUGCCCGGAAUGGCUCAAAUCGAGCUGCAUUUUGUUGGCUAAACUAUUUUAGUACAGCUCCUUUUCUUCAUGAUGCCCUUAUGCGCAAGUAGGUUGAGGUCGGGCGCGCGAAAAUAGCAAAAAAUUUGAGCCAUUCCCAAUGCGGCCAAGGGUUCAUUUCGUGUAAAAUUGGUUUUUUGGUUAAAUAUCCCUGAAUGACUUUUUUUUAAACUUUGUGUUUAUGGGAUUUUCGUUUUGGAUCGGAAUAUUUGUUCAAUUUAAAAAGUUACAAACAAUAAUUUCGAUUAAAAAAAAACAAAAUAUGUAUAUUAUUUUUCAAGUGGAACGACUCGAAUAUAAGAAUCCGCAGUUGAGAAUUUUUCAACAUACAAUUUACGUAAUUUUUCUUUUUUUGGCAGAACAGAAUGGGUAAAGUUAUCAUUUAACAUACCUAAAUAUUAACUGAGGCCGGAAAAUAAAAUAUAAUAUUUAUAAAUAGGGGAAUAUGAAAAUAAAUAAAUGAAAAAAUAUCGAGAUUCCUCCUCGGUAGAGUUCUUAACAAAAAGAUUAAAAUAGAAGGGUUUUCUUUGUCCCAAACGAACAAGAAAUAAAAGGAUUAUACAAGGAGAUAAAUGAAAAAGGACGAAUUAUAAGUUUACUCACUCUUUUUCAAAAUGAAAAUAAAAGUUUACAAUAAUAACAACACUGUUGGGAAAUAAAAUAAAAAAGAUUGGUCUUCAACCUCUUUGGUUUAGAAGUUAAGUUGGGUUUGGUAUUAUCUCAUCAGUUUUUGCCCAAUAAAUGCUGGUUUAUAAUAAUAAUUGUAUAAUAACUGUUUAAUAAUAACAUAAUAACUGCUCUCCUAUCCAGUUACAUAACAUCCUUGACCGUCCCCGUCAGUUCAGAGAAACGGUUGCAAGCCAAUAAGAACGAAACCUUCAAAGGCUUUUUUCAGUUUUUUUUUUCUCGCUAAUGUUUGGAACGACAUUGACCAUGAAUGAUUGGCAGAAAACUCAAAAAAACGUUCGAGGAAAUUUUUGUAGCGUAUGCAGAACAUGUUGGCGUCGAACAUGUACUUUCAAGAGUUCAUAGGUUUUUGCCGUAACCAAAUUGAUCCACUUCGUCGUCAUUUUCAUCCCCUGCACCAGGUUCCGUAAAAUAAAGCAAUUGAAGAUAAUUGGAUGAAAAGCUGCGAAACGAUACAAACUACAAAUUUAGUGCCGAUCUUGAUCGAAAUAAUAAACAAAAAGUCAAAUACUAACAGUUUUGGGAGGUGAGAGAUAAUGAAAGAUAAAACGUAUAAUAAAAAGAGAAGUUAAUCAUAGAGAGUUCCGCGAACUUAUCAUGGUCUUUAAAAAAAAAUUUUAAGAAGAAAAACCAUAGUACAGGACACGUUUUUGAGCCCGCUUUAGGACAUGUGAUCUGAAGGAUUACGGUAUUUCGGCCAGAAAAAAAAUGUGACAAACCGGGGCUGUAAGAACAGCUGCGGAUUCUUUCAAACUCGAUGUCGUUCCCAAUAAAAAUGAUAAAUAUUAAAAAAAUUAGCUUCCGAAAAAAACUUAAAGAAUUUUUUUGUGAAGAAAAAUUUAACAAAAUAUAAAUAAAAUAAUAAAUGUAAGGCGCUUUGCAGCCCGCUGGUCAGCCAAACACUGAUGGCGGCUCAAGCGGACAAGGUACACCGAAAAAAACUAGAAGAGGAGGAAAAGGAAGAGGCGGUAAAAGAAAGGCCAGCAAAAUCGCCCAAGCGAUGGAAAAAGCCGCCGAGGGAGAAACUCCCACAGAAGAUAGUCCGACUCCCGAAGAAUCUCCGGCCAAAGUCGGAGAACUGAAAAUACUGAAAGACUGCGACUUUGAUGAUAUCCACUUUUAUCAUCUCAAAAAGUCCGCUCCCGAGCAGAGAAAUCCCCGGACCGACAGUUGGGUCGAUCCGCCCCCCUAUUCCGAUGAAAAUUGGACCGUCGCCUACUUCAAAAACGUCGAAAAGUUCAAGAAUCGAGUUUAUUCGGGGUAGGUGUUGAUUGUCGUGAAAUAUGGUUUCUCCGAAAUAGUAUCUGACGAAAACUGAAGUAGAUAACCUCGGAAUGGCUUCAGAAAUAGACAAAUUGUGGUACUGUCUAUUUGAAACACUUCAGCUAAGCGUUUGAAGACACAUGAUAAAAUAAAAAUGAAAACGGCUCUUCGUUUCGAGACCGACCCUUGUCCAUUUAAAGGCUCUCAGUUUCUCAAUAAGUUACAAAUUCUGAAUUUUCAUGGUUCUUUUUUAAAUAGCUAACACUACAACAACAAGCGGGAAAACAAUGAAUUCGAAAUAUUAUAGAAGGAAAACAUUAAAUUCAAAUUUAAAAAAAUAAUAAAAUAAAAUUUCUUUUUGUUUUUUUCUGAAAUUUUUGAAUUUUUUUAUAUUUUUUUCAACGGAAACGCUUACCAAAAAUUAUUCGAAAAAAAGGCGGUUUUUUUCAACAAAUUCAAUUUUUUUCUGCUACGAAACAUUCGUUUUUGGUGUUGAUGAGAUUUUAUUCGAAUUUUUUUAUAAGAUUAGUGAACCACUCUAAAUAUACGAAAAAAAUAAAAAAAGUAAAUCUUUUUUUGUACGUUUAAACACAUCAGAAGUUUUUUUCUCUAUUGCAAAUCUUAAUAAAAAAAUCAAGACAAUAAAAAUGCAAUCAAAUUUAGCUUUCUUAUCAUUCUUAAAUAUAACUAUAACGUUUCCACUCCAAAUUUAACAUUUUUUUCACUUUAAAAUCGAAAUCAGAAUAUUCCAUAUUUUUUUCACUUUUAAAUGAAAAAUCAGAAUGUAAUGUUUGCCAGGCCACCGCCUCGAGGAGCAUUCCCGCCAUCUAGAGAGCCCAUGGACAGUUAUCCGCCUCCGCACGGACCGCCGAGAGGUCCCGGGCCUCCGAUUCGGGACUUUGAUGGGCCUUACGGAGGUCCUCCGAGACCUCCUUUCUCGAGACCUCCACGAUAUCCGUCCUCCUGGGAUCUUCAAUCCGUCAGAGACGAGUUCGAACCUUUUAGAAGAGGUUUUUCGCCGCCUAGAGAACCAAUCCGCAACGGCAUUUUGGGCAAUAAUCCUUCUGACCGGGGUCCGCCCGUUUGGAAUGGCCCGGUGAAAAACUGGGCCCCGGAGCCAAGUCCUCAGAAAGUCCCGAAAAAAACCCCGGAGGACGAAGAAGAUCAAGCGAGGAAACGAGUUCUGGAGCGCUUGUCGCGGAUGACGUCAUCGACGUCGAGCAGCGUCGACCUGGAGCCUUCUGAAGCCAAGGGUGUCCAAGACCAGAAGACUUCGGGUCAGGAUCAGCCGGAUUCGGCGAAUCCGACGACAUCUACGGAUCCUCAGGCGGCUGACAAGCCUUGGCGAAUUCCCAAAAAACGUAAAUUUCUGUUCUUCAUACAUGGGAUAGUCGAGGCUUCAGAGAAGGGAAAAUUAAGGCGAAAUAUAAUUUUUUUGACGAGAUCUAUUUGCGAUUCCAAAGGUCUACUUGAAAUCUCACGAAACGUGUUUUUUUAAUAGCUAAGUAGCCAUUUCGAAUCUUGAAAAAGAUGAAAAUGGUGAAAUUAUCCACCUGAAGUAUCAAAAGUUGCAUGAAAAACAAUAAAGUUCAUGCUUUACUGCUCAAAAUUUAAAAUAGACUACAGAAAAAAUGCUGAGUUGCACCAUAAUUAUAAUAUAACCUUGAGAUACACGAGAGAUUUGUUUGUUUUUAAUUAACAAAAAAAUAUAUAUAUAAAAAGACUUCAAUAAUGUCCGCAUACGCAAGAAAACUACGCAAAGUUAUAUUAAAAAAGAAAAUUUUUGUGUUUUUGCUGCAAAUGAUAUUUUUUUUUCUUUAUUUCAAGAAAUUUUCAAUUUUUUUUUUGUUUUCAAACAUGGGAUUUGUAUGCAUUCAAGUAGACUGCUGAAGUCGCAAAAAAAAUCUCAAUAGAAUUUUUUUCAAAUUUUUAUUUUUUUACAUUAGCCGAAAAGUUUUUUUGUCCUUUCUUCAUUUUUUUAAUCACAAAAUGGAUUUUUUUACCGAAACCCAGCUAUCCCAUGUAUCAUUUUGUACGAUUUCGAACUGUACCUCAUCGAUUUUCGGUUCUUUUUAGCGAAAGCUCCUUUGUUGGAACCGGAAAAGAAAGCCGAGCCUUCUCCGUCUGUUGUGACGUCAAACCGUGGGGUUGACACUUGGCGCGAUUCCAGAUAUGAACCGAUUAUUUCUCCGCAGCAUGAAACUCGGUCCUCGCAACCUUACGAAACCUUCCCUCGGCCCCGCAAGGAGGUAAUUUUUUGGGUUUUUUGGAGGGUGUCUGGGAAUUGAGCUGAAAUGAGGAAAAUAAGAGAAUUUUCGGCAGAUUUUGAACCUUUAUUAGCGCUUCAAUGACAAGAGUUCAUUGAAUAUUGCAUUGUCCUUCUUUUUUCAGCUUUUUGUCGAGAUAAAGCUCAGUUUUUGUAGCAGUUUUCUGAAUUUUUGACCGGUUUUGGGACUUUUAUUUUCGCUCCAAUGAGAAACGUUGUUUCAAAUAUACAGCGAUCAUUUUUUUCAGCCUUUUUGACAGAAAGCUCAGUUUUUCGUUGCAGGACUUUUGAAUUUUCGGAAAAUUUAGAGCCUUUUUUUCCCAUUUAAAGAUACAUUUCUAUAAAAAUCACAAUGUUCAUCCUUUUCCGAUUUUUUGAAAGUUUUUCUUUGCAGGGUUUUUCAUUUUUCGGUAAGUUCAGAGCCUUCAUUUGUACUUCCAUGGCAAAAUUCCAUCUAAAAACACACUUUUAAUCCUUUUCCAGAUUUUUUUUAAGAUAAGCUCUAAUUUUUUUGAAAGAAAAUUCAAAAAAAAACAUUCAUAAAUUUAGUACAUUUUUAAGUUCAAAGUUUUAAAAAUAAAGAAAACUAUCAUAUUUUGGCAGUGGAGCGCAUGUUCCAGCAAAUUUCUCACAAUAUUUUCAUUUCGGCUCAAUUUUCGGGUACCUUUCUUUGGUUAUUUUUUUCCCUGGUCAUGUCCGGUUCCAUUCAGGGGAAGUUUCGAAAAUAUAUUCAGUUCAAAAUAAUUUUCAGAUGUCGUUUUUCCUGCAAAAUGAUUUGCCAAGUGUCCGGCCGGCUACUCUCCGUGGGACUGUGAAUGAAUCGAGGUAAUUAAUGAGCGAUUUUGUUGGGAAAUUAGUUUUAAAUUGGUACGAUUAUGUAAUGUAUUGAAGAAAUUUCGGAAAACACUGAUAUUUUAGACCCAGAAAAAGUUUCGUGGAGGUUAGGGAGAAGGAAUGGCUCAAAAUGACUUUCGAUGAAAUUUUCAGCUCUAUGAAGGAUCUCUCAGCAUUUUUCUAUUGGAAAAGUAGGGAAAACGUAAGAAUUUUGAGGCGAAAUUGAAGAAUAAUGGUUUGAAAAUCACUUCAAAAAAGCUUUUCAAAGAGUUUUUUAGGUCAAUAAAGGACCUUUUAGCUUUGAGAAAAUCGUUGGAUUUUGUGGCGAAAUUGAAGAAAAAUGGCUUAGAAAGGCUGUUUUUAAUAUAUAUUUUAAGCUUCAUCGAGAAUUUUUCUGUCUUUCAUUAUGCGUUUUUUUGGAAAAAUUGUAAGUUAAAACAAUCUUUUUCAGACCGUCAGGCCCUCCGCCGGCCAAACAGCCCUCUUUGUCGGGUCGACCCGUUUAUCCGCCUUCGGAAGACUACCGUAACCCUCCCUCGGUACCGUAUCGAUCUGCUCCGGGACCGCAUCCCAUGGAUCCACCGUAUCGACCUUCUGAACCAAUGCGACCGCCGAGAUAUCCUGAAGAACGGCCGAGAUAUCCGGAGGACAGAUAUCCGCCGAUUGGUCGGUUUUUCGAAAUUUUUAUUAGGGAUAAAGAGAAAAAAAACUAGAAAAAUUACGUUUUACAGCACUUUUUUGAUUUGUUUUUUAGUUAAGUAUGGUUGGACUUUUUGAGAGUUUAGUUUUUUAGGAUAUCUUGCUGGAUUCUUUGAAGGCCCAGAAGACUAUAACAAUGGCAAAAGAUUACUAUUUUCUAUAGUUGCCGAAUAAAAAUAUAACAAACACGUUCCGUAAUGGCUCCUUCUUUUCAGUAUAAGAUUUCUGAAAGAAAGGUAAAAUUUAAACUUUCGAAAACUAGAAUUUUUGCGAAGAGAACGAAAAUUGUGACGUGAGGGAGUGGAGAAAUAUUUUUUUUUUAAUUGGCUUUUUUUGUCUGAACUCUCUGCUCUCUCUUCUACCUCAUCAGCCAGGAAGAUUUCUUUUCAUACUUCUUUUUUCCGGCUCAAAACGCCAGUUCAAGUGCGAAGCAUUCGCGUUGCGGUUUUGAGUGCCAAUUUGAAAAUCUAUCCUUUUUUCGAUUUUUUUUUACCUUGGUACGAUUUGGUGUUGAAAAAGUGGAUAUUUAAAUACAUCCAAUACAUUUUAAACGAGGUGUUUUGACAGUUUAUAUUAGAGAAACUCCCUUAAAUCGAUAAUUUUUGAAAUGGCGCCAAAACGCAACGCAAUCGCUCCGCGCAUCGCCGUCCGAAGCCGAGAAAAAUGAAUUAUUCCUCGUCUUUCAGACGCUUACGGACCUCCACGAGGAAUCCCGCCCCCAAGACCGUACAUGGACGAGCCGCCAUUACGUCGGGAUCCGAGAGAUUACAGAGAUUUUAGAGAUAUGGUAAAAAAUAAUUUAUAAAAACUUAGAAAAAGUCAAUUUUCAGCCACCGGAACCGAUGCGCCGCCCAUCUUUCUUCCCACCUCCCCGAGGCUAUUAG